CCUGAAACUCAUCCAAUUACUAAUUACUAAAACGGGGUUUUACAGAUAAACCACCGGCGUGGUUUGGCACCCAAAGUUAAUCAUCCCUUUCACAACAGUCCUGAAGGAAAGGAAGGGUAAAACGAAACGGGGAAAAUUGAUAGACUUUGACUUCUUGCUGUUGAUCGCAGAUAGAAAGAUCUCGCCUUGAAUCAUCAAAUUGGUGUUUCCUCUCUUUGAUCUCCGAUGUCACUCCUAAACCAAUUGUUUAACAGAGGCGUUUUCGGUGCAAAAUGCAAAACAUGUUUGACAUUGGCAAUCUCGCGGAUCAAGCUGCUGCAAAAUAAGAGGGAUUUGCAACUGCAGCAUAUGCGUAAGGAGAUAGCCCAAUUUUUACAGGCUGGCCAAGAAGCUAUAGCUAGAAUCCGGGUGGAGCAUGUAAUUCGAGAGCAGAACAUUCGGGGUGCAUUUAACAUACUAGAGCUGUUCUGUGAGUUUGUUCUGGCACGCAUUCCUAUUCUUGAAAACUCAAAGGAGUGUCCUUCAGAAUUAAGAGAAGCUAUUGCAAGCAUAAUUUUUGCUGCUCCUAGAUGUUCAGAUGUGCCAGAUUUAUUGCAGAUUAGGAAUUUGCUCUCUACAAAGUAUGGCAAGGAAUUUGUUGCAGCUGCAGCUGAGCUCCGUCCUGAUUCUGGUGUCAACCGUGCAAUAAUUGAAAACCUUUCAGUUAGUUCUCCAUCAGCAGAACUUAGGAUUAAGGUAUUGAAGGAAAUUGCUCAAGAAUACAAUCUAGAUUGGGAUUCUUCAACAACUGAAGCAGAGUUAACUAAGAAACAUGAAGAUUUGCUGGCUGGAUCAAAGCAAGCUUGUGCCGAGGCUUCACUUUCUCAAGCCCCAACCCGACAGAGCUCUAUUAAAUCUUCAACUUCUAAUGGGGCAAAUCCUACUGUGUCUAGAGACAUUAAACCAGGAUCUCAACACGUUCAAGCCCCUAGUCUUGUAAGCAAUGCGACUUUGUUGGGUACUAAUGAAAUUCAACCAUCAGUCAAAAAUUGUACAGCUGCUCCAGUUAUUGAUGCUCAGAGGGAGACAACAGCACGGCCAUCUGAUGUUUUGGAAAGAGCUCGUGCUGCCAUUGCCUCUGCAGAGCGUGCGUCUGCAGCUGCACGUGCAGCUGCUGGGCUGGUAAAUGUGAAUUUUGGUUCAAUGAAGCUAGAUGGGACAUCAUCACAGAGCUUUGGUAGUUGAUCUUCCUGUACUAUUUCAGGUUCUUGUGCUUUUUCCUGAACGAGCUUUAACUGAUCCAUGGAACAUGAGUAUGGAAAGGGGAAAACAUCAAUCAUAGUGAACCUCCAAUUCCAAGAACAGCAUCCCCAAUUGUAAUUAGGAUAUGUCACAAUAUGUUUUAUGGGUAGCUUCUAAUCUGGCAUCAUUUGUUUGGUUAAUGGUUCGAUAAAAGUUCAUGUCCAGUGGAAAGCAGCCUUGGUUCUUGUUCAGCAGUUGUGUUGUUAUACAACAUUAUAACUCUCUAUUUACACAAUAAUAUGACGAGUUCGCU